GUUCUGCUAAAUGAGUAAUAGACACCCUAGUACUCAUGAUUCACGUUGAAAGGAUAUGUGAUAUAUUAUUAUACAAAGUUCUUGCAUUACAAUCAAAACUUUCACGUGUGUAAUGGACGUUAUAUUCCUCAUUCACAGUGAACAACGAAAAUAAAGCUAGUAUCUACAUUGAGAACAAUGAAAAAUAUGCACAUACAUAUCGGCUAUAGAAAUACAAGGUUAUUCUUAUGGCAAACAUCAAGGCGAAAAAAGAUAAGCGAGAACACAUAGAAGUAAAAAAAAAAAAAAAAACAGUGUAAGAGAUUCAUGAGGAAUAAGGAAAAUGCAUAUACAAAAGGAAAACAUGGAAAUAACAACACUGCUAAGAAGAAACAUAGAAAUAGGAAAUUAAUAUAAUGAAAAAGAAUAUAACGAAAAUACUUAAAGCGGGACAAAGUCGGUCGAACUAGACUUCAUUUUGUACACAGAGAAGAAAGCACGUUGAAGGAGAUCCUGUUAUUUGAGAUUUCAAACAUGAAAUGGCGAGAUCGAAUAUCCAUACUGUCAAGGAAAAGGACACUCAAGAGCUUCGUUGGGCCAGGCCAGGAGCAAAAUGAUGUUCCUUCUGGCUCAGGGUCAGGGCACAAUGGUCCUCAGGCCCUUUUGGGGGGCAUCCAAGGGAGCUCGGUAGAGAACACCUUAUCGCAAAUCCGUCCAGUCAUAGGACCAGACCAUAAGAGCUACUACAUCCUGCUGCGAGGGAAUGAGGACUCCUUCAUGUGUAUUCAGCCUGCCAAAGAUGUGAUUGAUAGCUUGGAUGACGUUGUAAAGAAUGUGGUGAACAGUGUAAAAUUGUCAAAACUGUCACAGGAGAGUGAGUCUCCUCCUGUGGUCAAAAAGCCGAGGUACAGCCAGGGGAAAACUUAUAAAAGUACAAACCGCCAGAAUCUACCCGCCACUAAAAAUAACGGAGUACUUAAUUCCCAUGUCCAGAUUAGUGAAGGAGACAGAGCAGAGGCGGCUACGGGGCUUGAGAACUUACUCCUUUGCAGAGUGAGCCCUGAGGAGACAAAUAAUGUGGUGGAAAAUGUCGUACUUAACCGUAGGGUUCAAAACAUAAACAGUGAACAGCAGAAUAAGAUGGUGAGAACUAGUAUGUUACUAUAUCCUCUAGUGCAAAAUAGUAGACUAGCGCAGGGCAGUGCAGUUCGUGCUAAUAGUAAACAGAAAACCAGUUUGCUUUUAUCAAGUGACUCAGUGAAUGAGCUGGAUGACCCGUUACUCAUUCCCUCAGAAAGUGAUUUGAUACAGAACAUUGCUCAAAGCUGUACAGCAGUUAGAUUAAGUGACCAGAAGCAAGAACUAGGUAGUUUAGAACCUACGGAGCCUGAGCUCUGUGAUCCCUCGGAAUACGUGACAACAGAAAUUAAGGAUCUAAACAGCAUACUUCCUCCCCCUGUAGGACAGAAUCCUUCACCAACAGAACUCUGUCUAAUCGCAAGGGAAGGAACAUUGCUUUCAGAGGAAGAGAUCACAUCGCAGAUUAAAAACAUGAUUGAAUCAGAGCAGCUAGUGGUUGGGGAAGGCAAACAAAUUGUUGUGAUCAGAGUGUCGGCAAGGGAAGCUGUAGUAAAAAUAGUGGGCAAUGAAACGGAAUCUGUCAAUAGCAGUGAGCAUCAGGAAAUAAGAGAGGCAUCGGAGACUUUGCAGCAUGAGGAGCAGGAGAUGUCAGAAAUGUCAACAGUAGUGAAGGAGGAAGAUCUCUGCUAUGACCCAGAGGUUGUGAUUGCCAACAACAACAACAACAGCAUCAACAACAACCAUGAGGAAGGAGUGGAAUAUCUUUUGUCUCCGUACCAGGGUCUCAUGUCAAAACGAGAGGUAGAGAGUGACGCUGACUAUGUGGUGGAGUCCUUCAUUGGCCCCUCUCCAACACCUCCUCUGCAGGAAUCCCCACAGGAUGAGCGACUGGCGUACCAAAUUGAGGAGGUCACUGCCACUGGGGCUACCUCUAUAGCUGACCCCCUCAUCACGGGAGCUGAGAAGGACGAUGGGGAGAUUGUUGUGUUCCAGAGGGAGGAUGGGGCAUUUGUGAAUCAGGAUGGGACUCCAGUGUCAAGUGAGCUCCAGUACCUAAUAGCUACAUCACAGCAGGACUUUGCACCCUCACUGGAACCAGUUGACCACUCGGACUCCAUCUUCGUGUCUCCAGGAACCUUUGACCAUCACCAUACCAUUGAUGUCAACACAGGGCUGUAAAGACUUCCCUUUUGCAAGUGUAAUUUUGAUGAGGACAUCACAAGUGGUGCUUUGUGAUGAAUUUUGCAAGACUAGAAAACUGAAAUAUGAUACAGAAAAAAGAAAAAAAAAAUAUUGUGAAUAAAUGUGAAUAAAAAAGGAAAACAGGAAAAAUGAUAGAUUUUUUAUUUUAUUUUUUUCAAGUUAAAUGAGACCCAUAUAUCAGUUCAACCCAUUUUAUCUGUGAAAUCAGUGAUAAUUUGUGGUCAGAAAAAAGGACCUUCGUAGAGGCAAAAAGUUAAGCUUGGAGUUAAGAGACACUGAAUAAUUUUACAUUCUACUUAACAGAAUGCACGAAGCAUGGUGAAGGCUGUUAUGGCCUUACCUUUUGAUAUUCUCAGGGCCCACAUUCAUGGCGGUUCAGUUGUAUAACUAUGAUAUUUUUGUGGUCUGAUGUAAUAGUUUAUGUGGAAUAAUUCAGGGCAAGAGUCUGCUGAAACACAAGCUAUUUAUUAAUAGGAUUUUAGAAUCUUUUUAGACAUAAAGAAGUGGCUUACAGGAUCUCACGAUUGGCUUUCUUUUGCUCCAUCCUAUGCAGAAAACCUCCACAAGAUUGUAAUAUGUUUUAUCAAGGUAUUGGAAUUUUGUCAUUUGAUGUAAUUUGAAGGGAAAAGAAGUCGCAAGUGCCUGAUCAGAUCUGCUUUGGAGGCUGCACAUUAUAAGUGUCAAGAUAAAUAAAAGCAGAGUGGAUAUGCACCAAAGCAACUCUUGGAGGGUAAUUUAGUUGACUCUGGUGUUGGGAUGUUGAAGGAGAGGUGUUAAUGUACAGGAAGUUCUAUGCAUCUUGCAGUCUCAUAAGAUUAUGGAGUUGGAAUAAGAAUAUAAGACAGAUGAAGAUGAUAACCCCAGAGGAAGAGUUAGAUGAUAUAGGUCACUUUCUUUUCUUUAUGGAAGGAAGAGAUGAUUAAUAUGAUAAGGUUGACAGUUUUUUGUAAGUUAUAAUUUCAGUUUUUCAUAUUACUUGACAUCAGUGUUUCAGGGAAGCCUCUUAAUAGUUCUUGAAAUUUUACAGAUUUGUAUAUACAGUGCAUAGCUCUAAAGAUGUCUUUUUAACCUGAUGCUGCUGGGGAUGGCAUGUAAAAACCUGCCAUGCCACUGCAUGUUGAGUGUAGAAAUUAUCUUCACAAUACUAAUGGCUCUACUAGUACUUGGUCAAUAGUGAGCUGAUUGCUAGUACCUGUUUACCUUUUUCCUUGAUUUUUGGAAGUAUAUAUAUUUUUUUUAUCUUAUAUUAUUAUUAGUAAUGUAAUAACAUUAUAAUAAUGAUUAUACUAUAUCAAUAAUAACAGCAUCAAUAUUGAUAACAUUAAUAAAAUAAAGGAAAGAUGAGAUCAGAUGAAGUCAUAAUGUCCACCAAUUGACUCGGUGACAAAGUACCUGUGGAGCUUUCUAUGUGUGUACAGACAUUUCAGAAAACAAUACUCCUGCUAACACUACAUUUUCUGGCAGCAUGGGGUUAAAUAAUAACUUGUUAAAUGUCAAUCCAACCUGAUAUGAUAUGUAUGUUUAUUGAACUGUGGAACUUUGCGCUUUCCAUCAUAUUAAAAUGUAUCUAUAUAUACUUAUUUAAUCAGUCUUAUAAGGAGUUGCAAGCACUGAUUAUGUUUUAGAUGCUGUUAAGAGGUUUUACUGUAUGUUACACCUUUUUAUCAGGCCAGCAUAAAUAUUAAAAAUCUUUAUAUUGUGACCUUUAAAAUGUUAUUUUAAUUCAUAUGAAUUGGAAUUUGACUUUAAAAAUGCAUACAUAUGUUUCUUGUUUAUUUAGUUUACUCAUGUCUUUUAUAUAAAAAUGGAAUUAAUAUUGAUUUAAUGAUUUAUAUUUGCCAUAUUUUUUAUUUCAAAUUAACGGAAAGUUCAAUACCACAAGACGAAAGUUACCGAUGGCACAUCGACCACAACCGACACUUAUUUCGAUCAUGGAAUGUAUAUGGAAUUCCAUCGGAGAUCCUCUCAGCCAGUUAAAUUGCAGUGUCUUUUUUGAUAUGGGAAACUUACACAUAUCUGUACAGGUAAUGUUAACUUUCAUAUGCAUAUUUUGUUUGUAUAUAUAUGUAUAUAUAUAUUCAUCUUUUUUCUGUCAGUGUGUGUGUGUAGACAUAGUUUGACCUAGAGUUUUUCAAGUUGAUCUGAACUUUAUUGUAGAAGUUAGGCAUGAGGGCUUAUGAAGGUAGUGUUCAAUUUUUUUUUCCAGAGGGAAUCUUUUGAUUUUUAAUGUUUAUUUUUUUUUUUUUUUUUUUUCCUGUUGUUCCAUUUGUUAUUUGUUUGAUGUUAUGUGAAUUAAAUUAUGGAGCCAUUCAUAUUAUCCAUCAUAUAUGCUUAUGAUGAAUUGGCAUUCUUUAGUGGUUGAAAACUUCACGAGUCCAAAAUAAUGUUCAGACACACCAUGCAGUUUGAAAACAUGUAGCAGCUGCAUUGUCAUUCACAAAAUCCGGUGAAUUCAAAAUGUUAAUUAUUGUUGAAGGUCUUCAUUUCAACUUAUGUCAGUCUGGUAUCAUAUUCAAACCAAAGUCAGUUUCUGUAAAGUUUUAUUGUAAUGUUUUUGGGGUGCCCGUCUCGGGCACUCAAAGCUAUGUAUGUGAUGUAGGUACAAAAUACAAAGAGAGUAUUUCUUUCUUUUUCUAUUUAUUUGUAAACAUUCAAGAAACAGACAUCAAGUGAAUGUUGUUAUUAUUAAGAUCAUUAUUGUUUUUUAGAUUCUUGUGAUACUUGAAAGCCUAGUCCUUAGAAUGAUAAAGGACUGCAUUUAAUAUUUCCAACUGUAAACAUUUUUGGGAAAGAGGAUAAAAAAAUAAAGCAACUUAUCUUA